CUGGGCUAGACCAGUUAGUUCUAGGAGCAGCGUGGGUACUUUGUGGUCUGUUUGCGGGACACGGAAGCCUAGGGAAGAGUCCCAGGCAGGACGUAGUUGAUUGGAGGUUAAAUGAAAGCCCUCGGAGUGAAGUCGGGGGUCCUUUGGCUGGAGAGAACCUGGCGCUGAGUCAGAGCAGGAAAAAUCCACAGCAGUGAAACUGGGACGCUUAGAGUGUGCUUCAGCUGCUACUUCUAGACAAGUCUCUAGACUAUGCCUAAUCCUUCAGGAGCACCUUCAACACUUGUGCUAUCCAGAGCAGAUGCUGUGCGUUCCAGACUCAUCGACACUUUUUCUCUCAUUGAGCAUUUGCAGGGGUACAGCCAGGCUGUGCCACGGUAUAACCUGCGAGAGUUCCUUGAUACUUCUAAAAUGAGAAAAUUGAUGCAAGGAGAUCAUCAACACCUUGUUCGCUUCACUAUCAAGCCAGGGCAUGACCGAAUCCUGUUCUCUCAGAGGCAGCAAUGUCGACUUAGGGUGCGCUGUAAUCGAUGGGCCCCUCUUUCUCUCUGGGCUGGCUGGGUCAUUGAAAAACGUCCCUUCAUCAACCUUAUCAUCUUCCUCAUCUUUUUGAAUACCAUUUUACUCAUGGUUGAAAUAGAGAUAGUGAAUACCACAGAUGUCAAAAUGUUGCCAGCAAUGAUGGCUCUAGAGGUGGGAUCUUGGUUCAUCUUAUUUGUCUUCAUAUUUGAAAUCCUCCUCAUGUGGCUGUACAGUUUCUUUGAUUUCUGGAAAAAUGCCUGGAGUGUCUUUGACUUCUUUGUCACUGUAAUGUCAACACUUCCUGAGGUGGUGGUGCUGAUAGGGGUCUCAGGUGAUUCAAUGUGGCUGCAGUUGUUACGUAUCUUCAGGGUGUUGCGGUCACUCAAACUCUUUGCACGAUUCCGUCAAGUUCGAGUCAUCAUCCUGGCCCUUGUCAGGGCUCUUAAGACUAUGACCUUCGUCCUGGCGCUGUUGCUUAUUUUCUUCUACAUUUUUGCUUUGUGUGGCAUCUACUUCUUUGAGGGUUAUACCCGUUCAGACCGUCAGGACCUGACCUUCCAGAUGUUCUUCAUGGAUAUGCCCAACUCUGUGGUGUCAGUGUUCAUCCUCUUCACCCUGGAUCACUGGUAUGCACUGCUUCAGGAUACCUGGAAGGUGGCUGAAGUAAAUAAAACAUUCAGUAGUUUAUAUGUUGUCCUCUGGCUGUUGCUUGGCGCCAUCAUCUUCCGCAACAUCAUAGUAGCUAUGAUGGUUACAAAUUUCCAGGCAAUCAGGAAUGAGAUCAAUGAGCAGGCAACACAUAUGGAGGUGCAGCAGAAAGCUGACAUGUUCAAGCGCCAAAUCAUCAAAAGGAGACAACAGCAGUUCUCAGAGGAUGAUUUAUACGCCAAAUAUGGGGGGAGUAUCAGGUCUGAGAAUAUACAAAGUUCAUUACCAAAGUCUACAGUUCAGUUUCCUACAACUGUAACAGAAGGGGAGAAUCUACCUCCAAAAACCUCAGCGAACCUUGAGAAUACAGGCCAGGUAGACUGGGAGACCCAUGUGCACCAGAAUCUCCCCGGAUUGAUGGAUACAGACCACGGUGAGGAGGUGGUUUGGCCCCGAGAUUCACUCUUUCGAUACUUUGAGUUACUAGAAAAACUUCAACACAACAUAGAAGAACGCAAACAGCUACAAGAAUUUGCAGUUAAAGCAUUGAUAAACCUGGAGGACCACUGAAGGACAACUACUGAUAGCUGCAACAAUGUCAUAAACCAAGAGAAAGAUGGAGAAAGGAUUAGUUGGAAGGGGAGGGUGCCAGACAAAAGAUGUUUGAAUAAAUGUAUCUGGAAGUUC